AUGGCAGCCAAAGAAGGGAUGCUCGAGCUGCCCUUUGUCCAUGAUGACCAGCUCACCCGGUGCAUGCGGCUGCGAUUCCAGAGCCUGCAGCAAAAAAACAUGAGGCCCCAGGAUGGCGAGAAGCUGCUGCGUCCCAAUGAGCACGUCUACCGAGUGGAUUUCAUCCGGCAGCACAACCUACGCUUCAUCCGCUGGGACAUCCAGCUGGAGAGACCUGGGAAGGUCACAGUGACCGGCACCUCCCAGCACUGGACUCCUGAUCUCACCCACCUUAUGAACCGGCAGCUGCUGGAGCCCGUGGGCAUUUUCUGGAAGAAGCCAGGGGCCAAGGAGGUGGAGUGCAACGAGGCAGAUGCCCAGGAAUUUGGGGAGCGGAUAGCGGAGUUAGCCCAGAUCCGCAAGGUGAUGUAUUUCCUCCUCACUUUCACCGAUGGCCUCGAACCAGCGCAGCUGAAGGGCUCCGUUCUUUUUAAAGCCUGA